AUGCGCCGCCACAAAGAAGACCCGAUUGCCAAAAAGGCCCUUUUUCGAAAAACUGUCUCCGAAUGCAAAAGAGUCUCCAAGUGUCUCCUUUGCGACGCGCCGCAGGGCGUGCUGCGCAAAGUCGUGCGCCCCGUGCUGGACCAGUUCAUGAAGCUGCGGCACGUGACCAAGCAGCCGCGCGCUGCUGCUGCUGCUGCUGCUGCUGCUGCAGCGGGGGGCGGCGCAGCAGCAGCAGCGGCGCAGCAGGAGGAGGACCUGCACCCGCUGCGGGUGCAGCAGCUGCUGCAGCGGCUGCGGCCGGGGGACUGCGAAGUGCUGGACGUGGUGUCUCCGUGGAAGCUGCUGCUGCAGCAGCUGCCGGUGCCGCCGAACUGUCUCCGUCCCUCUGUCUCCGUCGGCGAACAGGGCUCCAACGAAGACGACUUGACUUGCGUUUUGGCGGAGAUAGUGGAGAUAAACGGGGCCCUGCGGGGCCUCGCAGCAGCGGGGGGCCCCCCGGGGCAGUUCGUGGGUCUGUGGGAGCUGCUGCAGCUGCAGGUGACGCUGCUGCUGAACUCGGAGGCGCCGGCGGUGCAGCAGCUGGUGGGGCGCAGCAGCAGCAGCAGCAGCAGCAGGGCGGGGCGGGGCCUGUGCCAGCGGCUGAAGGGCAAGGAGGGCCGCUUCCGGGGCAACUUGUCGGGGAAGCGCGUGGACUUCUCGGGGCGGACGGUGAUAUCUCCAGACCCUAAUUUAGAGGUUUACGAAGUGGCGGUCCCCGAGUGGAUGGCGCGGCGGCUGACCUUCCCGGAGACAGUCUGUCCCCUUUCUGCAGCAGGCCUCCGCGCCGCAGUGCAGCGCGGCUGCGACGGCUGGCCCGGGGCCUGCUACGUGCACAAGAGAGACGGCAGCAAGUGCAGUCUCCGUUUCGCGAACCGGAGACUGGCGGCGGAGCACUUGGAGACAGGAGACACCGUGGAGAGACACUUGCGCGACGGAGACAUUGUGCUCUUCAACAGGCAGCCCUCUCUCCACCGCCUCAGCCUCAUGGCCUUCAGGGCCAAGGUGAUGGCGGGGAGGACUUUGAGGUUUAAUGAAAGUGUGUGUUCUCCCUUCAACGCGGACUUCGACGGAGACGAAAUGAACUUGCAUGUCCCCCAGACGCAGGAGGCCCGCGCGGAGGCCCUGUGUCUCCUCGGAGUUGUCUCCAACUUGCAGACCCCGAAGAACGGAGACCCGCUGGUGGCGGCCACGCAGGACUUUCUGUCUUGUUGGUACUUGCUGACCCACAAAGACACUUUUCUUUCCAGAAAAGCUUUUGCGCAACUUUGCGCUGCAUGCACCGAUGCAGCAGCAGCAGUGCAGCUGCCGCCGCCCGCGCUGCUGCUGCCGCAGGAGCUGUGGACGGGCAAGCAGCUGCUCGCCGUGCUGCUGCGGCCCCGCAGAGACACUUUCGCCGUCCUCAACUUCGAGGCCCCCGAAAGGGACUUCAGCCCCAACUGUCUCCUUCCAACUGUCCCCUUCUUCAUGUGCCCCAACGACGCCUACGUCGUCGUCCGCAACUCCGAACUUCUCGCCGGCUGCAUCGGAAAAAAAGUCCUCGGAGACUCCAAGCACGGCCUCUUCUACCACCUAAUAAGAGACAACUCCGCGGCGCUGGCGGCCGCGUGCCUGGGCCGCGUGGCGCGGGUCUGCGCGCGGUGGUUCGCGAGCUACGGGUUCACGAUGGGGCUGGACGACGUGUCUCCAAGUGUCUCCUUGGAGACAGCGAAGGAGACACUUUUGGCGCGCGCGGCAGAGGCGAUCCGCGGCGAGGCCGCGCGCUUCGCGCGCGGCUGCAUGCAGCCCCACCCCGGCUGCUCGCUGGAGGAGACACUCGAGCUGCGGACCAAGAAAAUCCUGGACGACCUGCGCAACUCCGCGGGCCAGGUCUGCAGCCAGCUGCUGUCUCCUUUCAACAAGCCGGGGAUAAUGUUCCGCUCGGGGGCCAAGGGGGCCCUGAUAAACAUUGCGCAGAUGGUUGCAUGCGUGGGGCAGCAGAACGUGGCCGGCCGCAGGGUCUCCGCGGGAUUCGGAGACAGGACGCUCCCGCUCUUCAAGCGCCAAGCGCCCGAGCCCCGCAGCCGCGGCUUUGUCUCCAACUCUUUCUUCUCCGGACUGUCUCCCGACGAGUUCUUUUUCCACACCAUGUCUGGCCGCGAGGGCCUCGUGGACACCGCCGUCAAGACUGCGGAGACGGGCUACAUGCAGCGCAGGCUCAUGAAGGUCCGCGGAGACACUUCCGAGGGACACUUCCGCGGGCGGGGGGGACACUUCCGCGGGCGGGGGGGACACUUCCAGGGGCGGGAGGGGACACUUCCAGGGGCGGGGGGAGACACUUGCAGGGGCGGGAGGGGACACUUGCGCGGGGGGAGACACUUGCAGGGGCGGGAGGGGACACUUCCAGGGGCGGGGGGAGACACUUGCGCGGGGGGAGACACUUGCGCGGGGGGAGACACUUGCAGAGGCGGGAGGGGACACUUGCAGACAGCACACACGGGGGGAGACACUUGCAGACACAACAGGGUGUAG